AUGGCCGCCGCGGACUGCGUCGCAGCCAACAUGGCGGCCAUUUCCGGUGGAGCGACCGCUAGGAAAACGGCGGCGGUUUCAACGAUGGCGGUUGACGGUUGCUCCCGUCCCGAGUGCGGGCUGGUUUGCUGCGUCCGCGCCUCCACCUCGGCCAACCUGACGGUCAGCUGCCCCACCGCCUGCAGGACCUGCUGCAGCAGAGCUGCGGGGACGCUCUCCGUCUCUGGCGGCGGCGGUGAGCUGGCACUCCCAGCAGCCGACUCCUCCCGCUCUCAGCUUGAGCAGCUCCACUACCGCUACGAGGUGCAGAAGCUGAUCGGCGAGGAAGGCCAGGGCCUGGUGCUGCAGUGCCUCGACCACAAAACCAAAACGCACGUGGCCGUCAAGAUGCUGUCGCUGCCCUUGUGCUUCUCGACAGCGUCCCGCCAGAUGACGGAGCUGGAGGUGGCCAAGGAGCUGCGGGGCAAGGCCAGCGAUGAUCGCUACGGAGUCAUCCGGCUCCUGGACACGUUUAAAUUCCGCGGACACAAUUGCCUUGUCUUCGAGUUCUUGAAGAAGAGCCUCAACGACGUGAUGAGUAAAGGCAGCGUCGGGCGAAUCUGCGUGAUGCGGUUGAGGAAGUACACCAGGGCCAUCCUCCACUUCCUGCUGUACGCCAAGCGACGGGGCAUCGUCCACGGGGACAUCAAGCCGGACAACAUUCUGCUCACCGCGGCCGGCAAAGUGAGGGUCACCGACUUCGGGUGCAGCUUCUACCUGAAGCAUGAAGCCCAAACCGUGGGCGGGACGUUGCCCUACGUGGCCCCGGAGCUGCUGCUGGGCUACCAGGUCACCUGCGCUGUGGACAUGUGGGCGCUGGGCUGCACCGUGGCCGAGAUGGCCACCGGCAAGGAUCUCUUUGAUUCACGGACCUACGAAGAGCACCUGCCAUGCUGCAUCGAG